AUGGAUUUAUCGUUUGACCUUCAGAAACGGCAGAUGGAUCCACACCAUUCGACCAUUACACAUAAACCCUUGUUCCAACUGGACGCAUACCCAUCCCGUGUCCAGGAUGACCUUGCCUCUGAAGUUGGUAUGGCAGGAUGUAAUUUGGAGCAACUGCAGAUCGCAUACCUGGUAUCAAUUGUUGCUGGUAUCCGUAUCAAGUUGUUUCAUCACCAAAGAUCGUGUUCCAGCAGCUUGACCAGUGCUGGAAGAUUUGAGAAUUCUUCUUUGUACGUCGGUGAUCCAAGGAACGUAAAUGAUGCGCAGCUGUAUGAUCUGUUCAGCCAGAUUGCCCCUGAUUCUGUUAGGGUUUGCAGAGAUCAGAUGACCAGUCAUCUCUUAUAUGGCUAUGUUAACUACUCCAACGCUCGUGAUGCUGCUAAUGCGAUGAAGAGUUUGAACUAUGUCUCUGAACGGAAAGCCCAUUCGUAUUAUGUUUCUCAUCGAGACCCUCUCAUUCGUAAAACUGGAUUUGCAAAUCUGUUCAUUAAGAAUCUAGAAACAUCAAUAGAUAACAAGGCAUUGCAUGAAACUUCUGUUUUUGGAAAUGUGCUUUCUUGUAAGGUUGCUAUGGAUAGCAAUGGUCAUUCUAAGGGACAUGGUUUUGUUCAAUUUGACAAUGAUCAGUCUGCAAAAAAUGCUAUUGAAAAGUUGGAUGGCAUGCUGAUGAAUGAUAAGAAAGUUUAUGUAGUAUUUGUUCGGCGUCAAGAAAGGUCAUCACCUAAGUUCACUAAUGUGUAUGUGAAAAACCUUUCUGAAUCAUACACUGAUGAGGACCUUAAGCAGCUUUUCACUUUUGGUGUAAUAACAAGUGUUGAUAUGAAACAUGAAAAUGGUAACUCUAAGUUUUGGUUUGUGAAUUUCCAAAGCUCAGAUUCAGCAGCUACUGCUGUUGAGAAGUUGAAUGGGAGCACAACGAAUGAUGGGAAGGUUUUAUUUGUCGGGAGGGCUCAAAAAUCGGAAAGGGAGGCAGAGUUGAAAGCUUUCUUUGAGCAAGAAAAGCUAAAAAGAUAUGAGAAAUUCAAGGUGCUAAUUUAUACUGAAAAACAUUGAUAAGAGUCUUAAUGAAGAAAACUGAAGGAGCUGUUUUCUGAGUUUGGAACAAUAACAUCUUGCAAGGUAAUGUCUGAUGCUCGUGGACGCAGCAAGGGCGUCGGUUUUGUUGCUUACACACCUGAGGAAGCGAGCAAAGCUAUCAAUGAAAUGAAUGGGAAGAUGAUUGGACAGAAGCCAGUAUAUGUUUCUGUGGCCCAACGCAAAGAAGAAAGGAAAGCUCAAUUGCAGAAACAUGCUUACUUUCAUUUUUUUGGCACAUUUUCUGCAAUUCAAGUAUCGGGUGGAAAUGCUGGAUACCAUUCAAGUGUACAAAGACUUGCUCCGCAACAAUUUUAUUAUGAGCAAGGUACAUUUGUCUCAUGGCGCCUCAGCCAAACGAUACAGUUUCCAGCCACAGUUCAUGUCAGUGUGGGAACUGGCUUUGUUACUCCAAAUUACUUGCUGCCAUACCACCUUCAGAGGCAGGGACAUCCGGAUACGAUGGGUGGGCGUCCAGCUGGUAACUUCCAGCAAGUCCGACAGAAGAAAAACCAAAUGCUACCUCGUAACCCCAAUCAAGGCUUAAUACAAUGAUCAAAAUGGCGUGGGUAUGUCUUUAGAUCCCGGAAGUCAAUGAUGGAUCCAUCUGCGAGUGCUGCAACCUCCACUGGCAAUCACCAUCACGGUCCAUUGUCUAACAACUCGCUUGCUUCAGCUUUGGCUUCUGCUUCUCAAGAAAAUCAACAUCGGAUGCUGGAAGAACAUUUACAUCCUCUGGUGGGUCGUCUUGCACCAACCAUUCAGACUGCAAAGGUGACAAGAAUGUUGCUGGAAAUGGACCAGUCAGAGGUCAUUCAUCUGAUCGAGUCACCUGAGGAGCUGAAGAUGAAGGUUGCUGAGGCUAUGCGAUUCCUUCGUGAUGCUUCACAAGGUCCUGCAGUUGGUGAUAAUGCUCAUAAUCACUUAGUGAAUGAAAUAAUCUUAGAUGUUGUUUUGGAUACUUGUCAGGAUUUUCCCCCUUUUCUAUUAGGAUUUUUGUAUUAA